AUGGACCAGCCUCACGCACUUCUAGUCGCUAGCCCUGGCUUAGGCCACCUCAUCCCUAUGCUCGAGCUCGGUAACCGUCUCUCCUCCGUCCUCAACGUCAAGGUCACUGUUUUCGCUGUCACCACCGGCUCCUCCUCUCCAACAGAGUCCGAGGCCAUGCAUGCAGCCGCGGCUAGAGGUACCUGCGAAAUUACGGAACUGCCCCCGGUCGAUAUAGACCACCUUGUUGAGCCAGAUGCGACAGUGGUCACCAAGAUCUUUGCGAAGAUGCGAGCCAUGAAGCCCGCGUUUCAAGACGCCGUGAAAUCAAUGAACCGGAAACCGACAGUCUUGGUUGUUGACUUCUUUGGUACCGGUCUGAUGUCCGCUGCCGAUGAAGCCGGCCUGACGGCUAAGUACCUUUACGUCCCUUCGCACGCGUGGUUCUUGGCAGUGAUUGUUACCUUGCCGGUAUGGGAUAAGGUUGUGGAAGGUGAGUACGUUGAUAUCAAAGAGCCUCUGAAGAUACCGGGUUGUAGACCGGUCGGACCGGACGAUCUUCUGGACACGAUAUUAGACCGGUCGAAUCAUCAGUACCGGGAGUGUGUACGGUGUGGCGAGGAGGUACCUACGAGCGAUGGUGUUUUGGUAAAUACUUGGGAGGAGUUGCAAGGAAACACUCUAGCUGCGCUUAGAGAGGGUGGAGAAUCGAGCCGGGUUAUGAAAGUACCGGUUUAUGCAAUUGGGCCUAAUAUUCGAUCUAAAGGGCCUAUGGAAAAGCCCAAUAGUAUGAUAUUCGAGUGGCUAGACAAGCAAGAUGCUAGGUCAGUGGUGUAUGUGUGCUUAGGGAGUGGUGGAGCGUUGUCCUUUGAGCAAACGGUUGAGCUUGCUUGGGGUUUAGAGUUAAGUGGUCAAAGAUUUUUAUGGGUUCUACGUAGGCCCACUUCUUACCUCGUGGCGAGCUCAAGCGAUGAAGAUCAGGUGAGUGAGAGUCUACCGGAAGGUUUCUUGGACCGCACGAGUGGUGUAGGUCUUGUGGUUACUCAAUGGGCACCGCAAGUUGAGAUCUUGAGCCAUGGAUCGAUAGGUGGGUUCUUGUCUCAUUGUGGUUGGAGUUCGGUCUUGGAGAGUUUGACUAAUGGAGUUCCGAUCGUGGCUUGGCCUCUAUAUGCGGAGCAAUGGAUGAAUGCCACGUUGCUGACUGAGGAGCUUGGUGUGGCCGUUCGUACGUCGGAGUUACCGGGAAAGGGAGUGAUCGGUCGGGAAGAAGUGGCGUCUCUGGUGAGAAAGAUUGUAGCGGAAGAGGAUGAAGAAGGAAGGAAGGUAAGGGCUAAAGCUGAGGAGGUGAAGGUUAGCUCGGAACGAGCUUGGACUCAAGGUGGGUCGUCUCGUAGUUCUCUUUUCGAAUGGGCAAAACGAUGUGGUCUUGUGGCGUGA